UUGAUAUAACCUUCUGCUUGUAAUCCAUCGCAACCACGAUAAAUUACUCUGAUAAAAUUAGGAUCGAUUACAAGAACGAUAUAUUCACCUCCUAUGAGAGAAGAGCAAAAACUCAUGAAAAUCUCCUCUUGGUCGGGACCCACUCCAAUUUGCAUCGAACUUGAGCUUCUUCUGUUCCUUUUUUAUGUCUUUUAUUUUUCGUCUUUCAUAUUUACGCUGCUAAACCAAAGCUCAGAAAAACGCAAGGAAAGUAAAAAAUAAAAUAUUUUCGUUGCAAACUGGAAAGUUGGAAGAUUUGAUCUAAGGACUUGAAACUCGACGGUUUUUUUUAAUUUAAAAUUUUAUUUUAUUUUAUUUUAUAUUUGUCGACCGACAAUUAUCAUCGGUACAGUCGUCUGUGAAGAAGAAGAAGGAAAAAAGGAUCGAAAAUUUAAGGCUGGAAAGUAAAAGAGUGUUCUUUAAGCGACGUCGUUUGAAGGAGGUGGUGGGGUUGGGUUUCGAUUUAUUAAUGCAAAUUUUUAUCAGGUUUUCAGAUUCAGUUCUGAUUUGAAUCCGCUGAAACCCUAGGUUAAAACUACCCCUAAUGCCAUCUUUCCGAUGACGAGCUUCUUGUCACCUCCCAUACAUUUUGUUUCUUGGAUAGUUUACAUGGAUUUUUGGUUGGCAACAUUUGCUAGCCUUUAGGCUUCUAUUUGCAAUCCGGGUUUCUGCAUGCUAGGAAAAGUAAUGGGUAAGGCUCCUAACUUGAUGAAGUUAGUGGACUCGUACUCCACUGUGUGUUAAAGGAGAGAAGACGCUACCAAAUUGGAAGAAUCCCCACAUUAGAUUGACAGUUCAAUCCUUGGUUGAAUUUUUGUUUUUGUCAAUUGGAACAUCGAGGAGUAAAGAGAGUGGUAAUGGUAUGGUGUAAAAAGAAACCAUGGAACAUUCUUUGGAGAAACGAUAUCCAGUCAAUGCAAAAGAUUAUAAGUUAUAUGAAGAAGUUGGAGAAGGUGUCAGUGCCACUGUGUACAGGGCUUUAUGCAUUCCACUUAAUGAGACUGUUGCUAUCAAGGUUCUUGAUUUGGAAAAGUGCAAUAAUGAUCUGGAUGGCAUCCGCAGAGAGGUGCAGACCAUGAGCUUGAUUGAUCACCCUAAUGUAUUACGGGCACAUUGCUCAUUCACUACUGGUCACAGCCUUUGGGUUGUGAUGCCAUACAUGUCUGGGGGAUCCUGCUUGCAUAUAAUGGAAUCUCAUUUUCCAGACGGUUUUGAAGAGCCUGUCAUUGCUAUUGUGUUGCGUGAAGUUCUUAAAGCUCUUGUUUAUCUGCAUGCCCAUGGGCACAUUCACAGAGAUGUGAAGGCUGGGAAUAUUUUAAUUGAUUCUAAUGGUGCUGUCAAGUUGGCAGACUUUGGAGUAUCAGCAUGCAUGUUUGAUACUGGAGACAGACAGCGUUCUAGAAAUACUUUUGUUGGAACUCCUUGCUGGAUGGCUCCAGAAGUUAUGCAGCAAUUGCAUGGUUAUGAUUUUAAAGCGGACAUCUGGUCUUUUGGAAUAACAGCUCUUGAACUUGCUCAUGGCCAUGCCCCAUUUUCCAAGUAUCCACCGAUGAAAGUUUUGUUGAUGACCUUGCAAAACGCUCCUCCUGGUCUGGACUACGAAAGGGACAAGAGGUUCUCAAAGUCUUUCAAGGAGAUGGUAGCUACCUGCUUGGUGAAGGACCCAAAGAAACGUCCAACUUCAGAGAAGCUUUUGAAGCACCAUUUCUUUAAACAUGCACGCUCCUGUGAUUACCUAGCUCGUGCCAUUCUUGAAGGACGUGCUCCAUUAGGUGAACGUUUUAGGGUGCUAAAGACAAAAAAGGCUGAUCUUCUUUUACAGAAUAAGGCUCUCUAUGCGGACAAGGAGCAAUUAUCACAGCAAGAGUACAUAAGAGGAAUCAGUGCUUGGAAUUUCAACUUAGAGGACUUGAAAAGUCAGGCUGCACUUAUUCAAGAUUAUGAUGACAUGUCAAAUGCAGGAGAUCAAGAUGGGAGCAGGAAGCAAAGGAAUGGGCAUGAUGUAGUUGGAUUAGCUGCAGAGAGGAUGUCUCCAGAAACGGCUAGUAAUUCCAUUGCUGCAACUAGCCAGGAGGACGGGCUGAGUGAUCUUAAUGAUUUGGAGAGUUCAUUUGCUUCAUUUCCUAUUAAACCUCUUCAAGCACUCAAAGGCUGUUUUGACAUUGGUGAAGAUGACGAGGGUGCAAAUAGUCCAAAUUGGAAAGGUGUUACCCCAUCAGAAAGUGAACAGUUCAUUACAAAGUCAUCAAGAGCCUUGGACCAAGAUGCUGGAAGAAAUGAGGGUGAGAAUUCCAGGCAAAGUAGCUCUUUACCACGUCAGGUCAUUCCAGAGCAUAAAAAGUUCUUGAGCGGUUCACUAAUUCCUGAUAAUGCCUUUUCUCCUAAAAAGGUUACAGGAGAUGGGGACAGGGACUUCCCACACUCUAAAUUUCAAUCCGAACACAACUAUAGUGGUCCAUUGUUGUACCGCCAGAGGAGAGAAAUAAAUAACACUUCAUCUGAGGAUGCAUCAGAGGGAGCAGUUGUUCAGCGGGGACGCUUUAAGGUGACUUCUGCAGACCUUAGUCCUAAGGGACCUACAAACUGCAUUUUUAACCCAGCUACUGGAGGAUCAACCAGUCCAAAAUCUCUAAACAUGACAACUAGUGCCGUUCUCCCAUCUCUACAAUUCAUUUUGCAGCAGAAUACCAUGCAAAGGGAAGAAAUCAUUAGACUGAUCAAGUAUUUGGAGCAAACUUCUGGUAAGCUUGGGGACUUGGCAGAGGUGGGUACCAACGACCUUUUACAGAUGCCACCUUCUUCUGCAAAGGAGAGAGAGCUGCAAUCUCAGGUGCUUCAGCUGCAACAGAGUAUUGUGAACCUUGUUGAGGAAUUGCAGCGACAGAAAAUGAAAAACAUGCAGUUGGAGAAACAAUUAAAUGCAUUGGCCAACAACAAAGAGUGAAUGUGAGACAAUGAAGCAUGGUGGCGAUGUUGAUACAUAAACUGCGUGAUUAUUUCUUCAGCGCUAGGGUUCAUGAAGGUUUUAAAUGGUGUUGAGACAUGGCAGUUCCUUUUAUUGUAUUUCUAGUGUACCAUAUCAAUGGCUGUGUGUUUGGCCGGACGCCCAAAUUUUGAGAUGCCAUUGCUCGAGUCUCACGUUACUUGUAAUUUAUUGACAGGAUAUUGUAAUAUAAUCACAACCCCUCUCUCUCCCUCUCUCCGGUGUUCAUUUGCUCUUUGAACUAGAAAUACAUUAAGAAGUGGGUAAAUAUAUUUUUGAGCCAUGGAUGGUUCCCAAUGGCAACCAGGGAGCUUUUACUUGGCCUCCAUGAAUGUCAAAGUAAGAUGUCUUUUUGAACCAGAAAACUUCUCUGUUUUAUAUUAGGAUGGAUGCUUGUGCAUUUUGAUGUUAACUGAAGCAACUUGUGCUUAACCAUGCUUAUUAUUCCUAAGGAAUGAUUGAGAUUGAUAAUCGACAAUCAAAGGACAGUGAUCGGUUAAGC